AUGGCUCCAAAACUCCAAGAUACAGACUUGUUCGUGCCUGUCAAGGUCGACAAUCACCACAAAUUCGCUCAACCAGUCAUCCGCACUCCAUCAACUGCCUCACCAUGUUCUGACAUGAGUGCAACCACCGCGAAAGCCACCGCGCCAGAUUCUAGCACCAAAGACCCAAUUAGAAAACUCCGACAUAAACGGAGAUUCACCAUCGGAGGUGCCGGCCAACGUUCGGGCACGAAUCCCAUCAGCCCUGUUCUUUGUGCAGAACAGAAAACAGUAGCACAAAACGACAUUGUCCACGCUCGGCCUGCUGUGACAAUUUCACGCACAUCGUCAUCUCGGCGAGAUAUUCAACACGCGAGUCCAGCCAAGGAUGUUUUCGACCCGCGAAUACCCGGAGAGGGGAAACAAUUACAGCCAGACAUAACAAAUGUUGAUCGCCUAUCUCCAACACCAACCCCCAUCGUCAUUACAGAUUCACCAAGCAGCAGAUCAAGCCGAUCACGCUCACCAAAGGCAUUGUAUCCUCCAAGUAGUUGGAAGAGAGUUGAACCUUUGACAUUCAACCUGGCUGAGCCGGCGAAGUUGGAGACGCCGCUCAUCAGUCCAAGUUCAGACAAUACUACAGCUUCACCUCGACGUCCUGGUUCCGGUAAGGCUCGCCAUACGGAGCCAGUAUCAUCCGGGACUCCCACUCCAGAUAUUUGGACGGAAAUUGCCGGUUUGUCACCACCGUCAAUACUGAGAACAACGUCUUCAGCACGAUCAUCUCCGCCGAACGAUUCCAUCACAGCGACGCAACCGGUAGCAAGAAACGAGACGAAUGUCGUUAAUAAGAAAUCGAUUUCGGGUCAACAGGUCCAAACCGUACCGGAAGCAACUCGGGCUCAAGCCAUCCCGACAGCUCAGAACACAGGACCAAGAUACAUUCGGUCCCGACGUCGCAGUAAUCCUGUGACACCAUCGUUCUCAGAACACAAAUUACCCGCCCCCGAGAUUGCAUACGCUGACACAUUUCAUUAUACAAAUUGUGAGCACACAAGCCCGCCAAUGUCACGCCCUCUCAACACGCAGCCGAUUUUGGUCCCUUAUCAGCAUGAUUUACUGGCGUUUCCGCCGUUCCAUAUUCGCGAGUUUUUGGCAAGUCAGCCAUCAGCCACACCCAGCAUUUAUAUCAUUGAAGGCGCAUGUUCAAUUUGCGAUCUAGCCUAUCGACGAAAGGCCGAGUCCGACAUAUUGGCCAGGUAUACUACACGGUCAGAGAACCUGUUGUUACAGCUGAGCCUGCUGCAGGAGGAUCUGGACGUCAAGUCGCCCACUACGCUUGACCCUCCCGAACGUAAGCACACUGCCACACCGUUCCCAUCUUCGUCUUCGGCGAAGCGAAAUGCAAUCGACCCCGAACCCCCUUCAACCACAACCAUCACACCCGAAAACAUUCAAGCAAUCCUACAGAUGGAAGAACAGGCAGAGAACCUGAUCAAGCAACGUGAUCUCGAGGUCAGAGCGAUCUGGCGAGGGUAUACGGAACGUUGGGGUCCUGCGACCGUUGCGAUUCACCAUGCGAAUGACAAUGACACCAAUAGCAGAUACAGAGGGCGGGCUCGUGCACAGAGUGCCAGUAGUGCAGCUACGUUUCCGGAAAUGGACAACAUCAGCUCGUUGACAUCGAAUGUCGACAACAGUACGGACAGGACGUCUACCAUGACGUCGACCAUUUCCACCCGAACCACCCAAACCAGUCACACCAACAACACCGUGUCGUCGUCAAUGACACCCCGACGGACGACGAUGUCACGAAGGACAAGUCGAAGUUCUUCAAUUGGACAACAAGAUCGAUACUCGGACGGGACACGACUGGUCAGUGUGUCCUCGUCUGUGGAUGGUGUCAAAAAGGAUGGACGGAUGAUGGUCGACUGGAUUCGACCUGAAAGGACAGAGUCGGCGUUGAGGAUCAGAAGUCACAGUCAAAGCCAAACUCGCGAUACCACAAGAAGAGGUUGUCCUUGA